UUCAGACCAAAAUGGGACGGACGAAAAUCAAGUGCCGUCGGAGAUCGAAGCCCUGUGCAGCCAUCUGCAAUGCGACUCGGAACCAGUCGUUCCGUGCUGGGGAGCAUGUUUAUAAAGGCGGCGGGCGUAACCCUUUCUUCAGGUUUCUGGUCCAUUUCCGAAGGUGCAACCGAGAAUGGCUGCAAGGCCUGCCAGCGACCGAGGUGUCUAUCAUGGCAGGCACAUUGUGGCGAUGUAUGUGCCCGAAGGAGAAGGAGCCGUAUGUGGAAGCAGCCCGCAAGUCCAGAUACAUGUACUGGGCGCGUAGCCAGAGGAUAAAUUGGUUUCUCAGAACCCUUCGAGACUCAUGUCGUGAGAGUAAAACCCAAUGCCAGUCUAGCUGGCUGCUGUUGAACGCCAUUGUGUCCUGGCGGCAGUUUGUCAUACAAGAUCUGUUCAAUUUUGAUGUCAAAUAAAAAUCGAAUCGUUGUAA